AAUAAAAUACGUGAAUCUGUUGGCAUUUAGAAACUCGGUGUCGGGAUCAUGGAAUAGAAGGGACGGCAGGAGGGAAUGCAGAGUGCAGGGGGUUGGUGACUACUGAGGGGAUAAAGGAGAGGGAAAAAAAUGAGUGAAAGAGAGUACAGAGUAGUGAGUUUAGUAGUAAAGUAAUAGGAAUAGAGAAGAGAGAAAAAAUAUAUGAGAGAAGAAGAGAGUAGAGGAAAAGUAACUGGAGAGAGAGAGAGGGAAUGAGUUUUUCUUUUAGUACCGAAAGGGAGCUGAAUGUAAAAGCUCUUUCAAUUCGUGUGUGCUCGUGUGUAUUUGAGGUUGAUUGCGUUUGAGAAAUAACAGUUGGAUUGUUGUUGAAUAGCUACAGCACGACACCAAAGAGAGAAGAGGAUAUAUUUUAGUUUUGCUAAUAGUGCAAGAGAGAUCGAUUCCAUCAGAGGUAGACGGGAAGAGGAGUCAAGAUGGUGUCCACUCGACAGUCUAGUAACAUGGGAAGCAAAGUCGAUGGCAAUGAAUCUGGACGGAAACAUGGACAGCAUGCUAGUGCUCGUUCCUCGCCUGAACCAGCACCUAGACGCAGUCUUAAUAUUCUGGACCUGCCGCCGGAGAUUUUUGAAAAAAUCACCAGCUACUUGGACUACCACACAGUCGCGAACAUGCGUCCGGUAUGCCACCAAAUGAAUUCGACGUGCGGCUCGAUAUUGAGCUCAUCGUUCCAACGAGUUCAAGCACAAAUGCUGAGUCGUUUUCAUGGAAUAAAAGCAAAGAUGCCGAGACGUGAAUCUGCUCGUCGCAACCAUCCGCUGUCCUGUGAAUCAGAUAUUAUUGAAACUGUUCACAUGCGGCUUACUUUGUUACAAAUGACGUUUGGCAAACACAUUGAACGUAAACAUUGCUGCUUUUUUCCUGGUUUGAUUCUAGAUGAAGUUAAUCGUGUUUUACACUACAUCAAAGUAACUCCAAAACUUGUAAAGCCAUACAAAGUUACUGAUGAAUUAUUUGAUUUGAGUACAAUGGCUAUGGAAUUUUUCAAAGAGCACAUUGAGCCAACUCUGCCAGAAAUUGCAUGCUUUGGUGAUUUUCUUGACAUUGCUAGCACAUUUUCAACGUCAAGUAGCGUAAGCAAACCAUUCCUCUGUCUGGAUACUCUACCAAUGGCUGAAAGCAGCGAUUGCAGUAGCAGUAGCAUAGAAUGUUCAUCCCGGCCUUCAUUACACGACGAGCCCGAAUUACUGGAGAUAAAUAUGCCGCCCCAAUCAAAUAUGGUACUCAGAAAACGCAUACGUAAAAUAAAACAAGGAAUGAAAAGAUACAACAGCCAGCUGUUGUUGAUGCGACGUGACCUCAAGUCUUGCAAAGCUAAAAUUGCCGAACAGCAGAAACAAAUUCUCGAAUACGCAAAUCGUCUUGAUGAUAAUGAUAAAAAAAAUGAAGAAACAUCGAGAAAGUUCAGCACUCUGCUACAGGUAUUUACUAAGGAACUAAAUAAAUGCAAGACAGAAUUGCAGUACUGGCGAUCAAAAUCACCAGCAAUACCUGUUUGCAAUGGAUGCGGUCAGUCGAUGCCGAUGCCCGCUGAAGAUUUGCAAGCACUAGCCAAUCAAUCGGCCAGCGUAUUGGCAGAAUCAUUUGCUGAACCACUUAAUUUCAUUCCUAUUGCUUUUGAUAGUCCUACUGAGUCAACUCAAGAUCAAUUAUCAUCCCAGCAGCAGCAGUCGACAUCACAGUCAUCAGUAAUGGCACCACCAAAAGCACCACUUUCUGUUCCCACAAAACGAAAAAUUUCCGUCGAUGACAUUACGUCUGAUGGAAAUAAAAAAUCACGGCGUACUGUCAAGUCGCGUCAAGCAAAACGUUCGAAAAUUUAAAAAAAUAAAACAAAAUGGUACAAAAUUAUGUAAUUAAUAAUAAUAGUUUUGAUUGAUUAUAUAAUUUAUUUCCAAUGGAAUAUUAAUUGAUCUUUAUUAUUAUUAAUUUAUUAAUUUUAUACGUUUUAUUUCUUGCAGGAUUGUCGUAAGUGUUCAUUUUUUUAAAAUUUAUUUAAGAAGUUUAUUUUAUUUAGUAAUGAAUUUUAAUUACUUUUUUUUUUCGCUUUCAUUUUUAUGGAUAAUUAUUAUUAAUUGUAAUUGGGGGAAAUUUAAUUAGUUCUGAUUUAGAAAACUAAUGAGACGAGACAUUUUUUAAAAAUUUUUUCUAUAAUUAAAAAAAAUUAAUUAUUUAAAUUAAAAUUUUGUAUGAUUAUAAUUUAAAGUCAUGUAAAUUUAAUUUAUAUUAAUAUGUAAAUAAAAUAAAUCACAAUAUCAAGGAUUUAUUUUUAAAAAUAAAAUAUCGUUUAGUUGAAUAGAAAAAAAUUAUCACGAAAUUUAAAAAAAGUUUCUAAAAAAUUUAACUAAAUAAAUAAACUUCUUAUAAAUAAAAAUUUAGUUAAUUAUUAUUAUUAUUACGAUAACUUAAUUUAAUGUGUUUACUUUGUGACACUGAGGACAAUAUCCGUGCGGAGAACUUGCCGUAGCUAAAUAAAUUAAAAAUUAUAAAUCCGAAUUAAUAUUAAGAAAAAUUAUAACGGAGUAAUAAAAUAUAAAUUUUAUCUGUUAUAAUUUUUUUUUUCUUUUUUAAUAUAAUUCCUUAUAUUUUGUUAUUUCUUAAUCAUCUUCUGUACGAAUUUUCGUGUCAGUGAGGAGGUGAAUUAUUUUAUUUUAGCUGAAUUGUAAAUCAUCAAUAAAUUGUUUUAAUUGUAGAAAAAAAAACAUCACGAUUGUAUAAAAAAAAAAACGUCGCAAUUAAGAUUGCAAAUUGUAUAAUUGUAAAUUUGAUGCGAAUUGAUGAAAUUGUAAAAAAAAAAAAAUGAUUAAAUUAUCUCACUGAUCGAAAUAAACUAUCAAUUAACGACCACUUACUGAUAUAAUUAUUUACAACUAAUGAAAUAAUAAUAAAUAAAUAAAUGAAACAGUAGAACAAAUAAAAAAUAGAUAAAGUGUAGUUGAUAAUAAUAUAUGAACUAUUCAUGAUUAUUAUUAUACUCAUACUUAAAUAUAUAUUUAAUUGAUAUCAAUAAUAAAUAUUUACUUUAAUACAAAUAAAAAAAAAUAAAUAAAAAAUAUAUAGUUUAAAUCUAUAUUAUAUAUAUAUAUUUGAAUGGAGAUGUGACGUAUGUGCUUAAGGCAUUUUAGUUUUAAUUUUAAAAAUCCAUCAAAUUUAUUAUCAAUACACUGUAAAAAAAUUUGCGGAGUGGGUGACUUUUUAUUUAUUUAAUUCCCGCGGAGUGAAUUUCACUCCGAAGGGGAGUUUCAGAAAAUAUUAAUUAUAAAAAAAAUUACUAAUACAUAGUGAGCUUGGGUCUUUGAUAUUUAGACAUUUAUAUUGAGCACGGAAAUAAUUACGAGCUCCCUUUCCAUAUAUUAACGCGAAAUGAUUUUUAAAAAUUAUAAGCAGCUGAUAAUAAAACUUUAACAAAUAUAAUUCCACUGAGUCACAAACUGUCGAAUGACUUACAUCAACCAUACCACGAGAUAACAUUUCAUAUAGCACCGAAAUAUAAAAUAUUCCCAUGAAAACUAUGUCACUAUAGCUAUCCAAUAAUUUAAUAUUUUCACUAUGUAUUAUAUAUAUGAAAUUAUAAUUUAGUGAGUUACUAAAACAUUUUAUAAAUUAAAAAGAUAAUAUUUUAAGUUUAAUUAUUAAUAUCUGAAUGAAUUAUUUAUUUAAAUAAUUAUUUUUCUAAUUAACAGCUGUUUCUAUUAAAUAUAAAUUUAUUUAAGUAUUAAAACUCCGGACCGGAGUGAAUGCAGAUUUAAAUAAAAUCCGCGUCACUCCGAAAUCCCUCCGGCCAUAAAAAAAUCCCUAUUCACUCCUUACGCGGAUUGAUUUUUUUUUAAACUCCGGAACUCCGAGUAACGGAGUGAGUUCGCAUUGAAAUAAAAUUCGCAUUCACUCCCGAUUUUUCACAGUGUAGUAUUGAUAUUAAUUAAUAUUGAUUAAUAAAUAUAAACAAAUAUAUAUAUUGAUUAAAGAAAGAAAAAAUCUAUAUAUAUAUAUAUAUAUAUAUAUAUAUAUAUAUAUAUAUAUAUAUAUAUAUAGAUAUAUAGGAAUGAAAGAGAUUGAAUGCACGGGAAACAAAUAUAUACAUAUAAAUAUAUAUAUUGAUAAAUUUAAUUUGGACGUCAUAAGAUUACAAAAAAAAAAUUAACAAAUUAUAUUUUGAAAAAAAAAGUGACCUUUCAUGGGGUGCAUUUGGAAAUAUUCUAGAUUAUGGCUUUAGUAAAAUAUACAAAUGGCGCGAAAAUUUUAAAUUUUUUGUUUGACUGUUAAAAAAAAAAUAUAAAUCGUAGAAAUUAAGAGAAAUUGUCGUCCUUAGUUUGAUUUUUUUAAAUUAAAUUUCGAACAGGUGACAAUAUUUUAAAUUAUUCGUGAGCUAUUUUUAAUAUUUCAAUUUUUUCUAGUGAGAAAUAAAAAAAAUAUUUUUUGAAAUUUAUAUUUAGUUUUUAAAUUUGAAUAUUUUGGCGCCAAUUGUUAUAUUUAACUAGAGCUUGAGAAUUUUCUAAUGCACUCUGAAAAUUUUUGGAAUCAAUUUAAAAUAAAAAUUAAUUAAAUUUUUUUUUUUUU